CAUUGAUUUGACAGACAGGUGAGACAGGAGAUAAGAAAUCUAAUAAAAAAACUGAUAAGGAAACAAACUUUGACCUUCGUAAUGUAUUUACUUCAAUAUAAGUUGUUGUCUAAUGGAGAAAGACUAUAACACUGGGCUACUUCGUAAGAAUUAGUCGUUCCUUUGAAACAUACAAAAUGGCACACGUUAUUAUUCUUCAAUCGCCUCCACCAAAGUUAGAAGAUGUACAAAAGAAAGUGUUUAGCGCCGGAGCCUUAGAGUUUCUAGCUAAUUUACACAAGGAGUUUGAUGAAGAAAUCAACCAGUUGUAUGAGAACCGACAAAAAAGGGCGGUGGAGUUACAGUCAUCUCCAAAACUGGACUUUAGGAAAUCACCAGAGAGGUUGGACCGAUCGUGGACUAUUGCUCCGUUGCCGUUGAGACUUCAAAAUCGUCAUUUAGAUCUUGGUGAUGUGUCUCCCACUAACACAGCACAUUUUGUGUCUGCACUCAAAACCGAUGUCCAAGGCAUCCAAGUAGACUUUGAUGACGGACACUGCCCAACAUGGCGUAAUCAGCUCAUAGGCUACCAAAACAUCUACUUGGCAGUGAACGGGAAGCUGCAGGGAGCUCCGAUGAGCAUCAGUAUGUGCCCUGUGCUUAUGCUGAGGCCGAGGGCUUGGAAUAUCAUUGAGCAUAAUAUUCUGAUUGAUGGCAAAGAAGCAAUAGGACCACUUGUGGACUUUGCAAUCCUUAUGUACCACAAUGCAAAAAAGCUUCACGAAGCUAACAGCGGACCUUACUUCUAUCUAUCAAAACUAGAGGGCGCAGGUGAAGCCAAACUAUGGAAUAGCAUAUUUGUUUGGGCUCAGAAACAGCUAGACAUUCCUCAGGGAACUAUCAAAGCCUGUGUUUUAAUUGAGAAUAUUGUUUCCACAUUUGAAAUGGAAGAAAUUCUUUAUGCUCUACGAGAACAUUCUUUGGGACUAAAUUGUGGUAUCUGGGACUAUUGUGCAUCUAUUAUUAAUAAAUUUGGCAGCCGGCAAGAAUUCCUGCUCCCCGACCGUAACAAAUACGUGAACAUGUCCCGGCACUUCCUGAGCUGCUACCUGCGCCUGGUCGUGGGCACGUGCCACGCGCGGGGGGCGCCCGCCACGGGCGGCAUGGCCGCCUCUAUGCUCAAACCUGGCGCCACAGCCCAGGACAGAGAAUCCAAGGAGAUAAUAAAUAAGAUUCUGGAUUCAAAGCUUAAAGAAAUCGAGGCAGGAGUCGAUGGCUUUAUGGUGUAUGACUCGAGAGUUGUGCCCUUCGUUAAUGAGCUCUGGAACAAAAGCAGCUCGACCCCCAACCAGAUAUCCAAGCAGCUAUCCCUAAACAUAACUGCCGAAGACCUUCUAACCAUACCCAGUGGAGGAGUCACCAUUCAAGGCUUGAAACAUAACGUGGCUGUCUCCAUACUCUUCAUAUACCACUGGUUGGCUGGUGUUGGGCAUUUUUUCUAUAGUGGUAAUGUAGAAGAUUCGGCUACUGCGGAAAUAUCUAGAACGCAGAUUUGGCAGUGGAUUCGUUUUGCGCCGUUUCUUGAAGACGAUCCGAAGAAGCAAGUGACAGCCAAACUGGUAGAGAGGACCGCCGCGAGCUUCGCUGCGCACGCGCACAAGAACCUCUGCCGAUCUAACGCUGAGAAGAAGAAGCUUACUGCCGCGAGGUAUAUGAGCAUGGAACUGUUCCUGGCGCGGAGCCCGCCGGAGUUCAUCACGAGCUUCCUAAACGACAACCAUAAGUUCAGGACGCUCCACAAUAAGGCGCUGCUGAGCAGUCUCUAACAUAUUUACUGACAUACAGUACAGAUGUACUAGUUGCGGAAAGUUUCCAUAAUAUAUAAAAAAAAAUUGGAAAAAUUAUCGCAAAUUUCUGGUAGAUUGCACGAGACAUAAAGGAAAUUUUCAUUUGGAAAUUUCGCGAUUCUUGAAACUUUAGGUAGAACAUCAAUAAUUCUCAGCUGAUCAGGGGCAGUUUAUCGACAAACGCCAAAUACAACUAGGGCAUAAAGCGACCCAUGUUGUCGAGCGCUAGAUUUCGUAACUCGAAAAUCUGUAGAAAACGGCGAAAUGAUCCAGUGGAAUCUACCACCCCAUUCCUAUUCUAUUAGUAGAAUUUAAAUACCUAGUAGUGGAGAUAUUAUUGAAGGAACACGAAAUCGAGCGAUCGAAAUUCAAAAAUCGGCCCCCUGGUCGUAAUAGAUGAUUUUAUAUUAUGUAGAGCAUAAAAAGCAAUUUUAUGCCUUACACGCGACUUAAAUGUCAAUUAUGUGAGCAUGAGAAGUGAAAUAAUACAUUACGAUACAAGUGCGAAAAAUAGGAAAUUCAAAACGAGUGGCGAUAAAUUAAAACACAACCGAAGGGAGUGUUUUAAAUCGACACGAGUUGCGAAUUACCUAUUCGCACAUGUAUCGUACAACGUUUUACAGUACAUAUGGCCCUUUCAAUGUUUGACACAGUAACGUAAUAUGCUAAUUUGCGCACUAGUGCGGUAAAGUAUCACCAUAUGUACUGUAAAAUAUAUUGCUAUGACAGAUGCGACAAUGUAACGGAAUCAUUUCUAUUUGAUUUGCUUAGACAGCUAACAUUGCUGUCCAGCGAGGUAACACGGCCAGCGUUCUGGGGACCUACAUAGACUCAGAGCAAAACUUUUAUUUAUAAGUUUUAAUUACAAUGAUUUUACUAGACUUUAUUUACAAGGUAACAUUAGUCUGUUAACCUAUUUCCGUCAGUAGAAAAAAAGUGGCAAAUUAAAAAAAAAUUUGGCACGAAGAGUCCCAUAGACAAUUUGAAACUCGCGUCUUUUUCUACUGACAAACUUGUUUGACCGAUUAUAAUCAUAGAUAUAAGACGCACAAAGUGAUGCCGAAAUAUCGCAUUAUAAAUAUAUUUAUGUCAUUUUUAUAUUAAUUUAAAUAAGUGACAUUCCAUGCAGAAAAAUAAGAAAGUAUUUCCUUUAAGUUUCUGAGACCAAAUUAAAUACUAUUAGAAACCAUUUUUAGGAAUUUACCAAAGAUAUAAUCCAGUUUUUUUUUUUUUUUACUUGUGACAUUUAAGUUUUAUUAAUGUAUUAUUAGUUAAAAUGGUAUACCGGGUUGUCUAAUAUAAGUCUGCAACGAUUUGGAUAGCACACAAGUGUUAUUUAUACGUCAUAAUUUCAUAGAAGUGUUAAAUCGUUGCAGACUUGUCUUGGUCUGACUCUAAGUACUGUCUAUUAACAAUAUGUUGAUAUUACACUCCAGGACAGUCCGCAUCAAUAACGGAUAAAACAAUCCAAAAGUAUCUCCAUACUUUUGUACAUUUCUUAGAGAUAUAUUUUUUAGUUUAAAGCUAUAAUAUAAUAAAUAGUUAGUAAAAUCAUUGAUGCUACCUUUACGUAAGCUUUACCGGAAAAUAAGUUUUUUUUUUUAGUUUAUUUAUCAUAAAGGUACAAAACAUUGUGACACGACUGUAUUCCUCGCCAAACUGCGGUCGCAGUUUGUUGGCGAGAUAGCGCUCAUUUAUACGUUUUAAUAUCCAUGCUAUGCACUUAAUACUAAGCUUAGGUACUAUGUGUAAAACGAACACGCAAGCUUUUAUGAAUAUAAAAACAAACAGUCACUGGUACAUUUUUUUUUCUUUUUUAUUGGAGAAACAACAGAAGUAUGCGACAGGAUAAUAGGUUACAUUAACAACUAAUUCAGGUUAAUUUCAAAGCAAUAUUAUUAGGGUAAAUUUUCCAGUAACGUUUUUCUUAAAUUCAUUAUAUAGGUUUUCUAACGGAAAUAGGUUGUAAGAUUUUAAUAUAAAGUAAAAGGUGCUGGCUACGGGAUCACAAAUAAGAUCUCUAUAAAUAAAUAAAUCGUGUCAUUCUCGACUACGCGUGCCUUGACUCGUAUUGUCAUAUUAUUAGAGGUUAGAUUUGGAAAUCUGCGCGUCAUCGUGGAUGACAUCAAACAGAAUAUGAAAUAGAGGUGGAUUGUCAAAGAAAAUUUUGUAGCCACAGUAAAUUUACUGCCAUAUUCAUCUAUUCAUAUUCAAAAGGUACUUAAAUACAAAAUGCAGUACGUAGCGCCCCCUUUUUUUAAAUAUUUAUCGUUAAAUAUAAACAAUCACAAUUUUUUUCCAGUGGCGCUAGUGAGCACGUUGAUGGGCUCUUAAAACUUUUAGAACGCCAUUUGACGACCCUCAUUCUUUCACUGAUAUGUGUUAAUUAUCAAAAAGUGGCGCCAUCUUACCGGGCAUAACCUAAAGGUUGUGGUGGCAUCGUUUCGAGCGAUGGCGCCACAACCUUUAGGUUAUGCCCGGUAAGAUGGCGCCACUUUUUGAUAUUUAACAAAUUUAACACAUAUCAAUGAAAGUUUAAGGAUCAAAGUCAAAUGGCGUUCAAAAAGUUUUAAUCAUGUGUCGAAAGAUGGCAGUAAAUUUACUGUGGCUACAAAGUUUUCUUUGACAAUCCACCUCUAUUUCAAAUGAUCUUUGAUGACGAGAAUUAUAUUCCAGUUAUUGGUGCAUCGAUAUUACUGUGAUAUUUAUAAGCAAUACAUAUUAUCUAAUCAAAUGCCAAAUUAUAUUUUUGAAUAAAGUUAUCCUUUUUCGUUA